AUGGAAAACGUAUUCGAAUCUACGGAACCUGAGGCACCCGAGGUACAUACCGCUGACCAAAGCGACCGAACAGCAAUUGAAGAGCUACUAAAACUGGUUGACGCAGGCGAAAUCAAAUACACCGCCAAAUACAUCAAAAAAGCAUCCGAAAAAACAGUAGAAAGCAUACACAAAGACUACGUAAGACAGCAGCUGGAGAACACAAAUAACCAACUGGCUGGCGUCAUCAUCACCAAGUUUUCCGAACUUAUGGAGGCGUUGGAAGCUGUCAAGGAUAUCAAAGAAAUGAAAAAAGAACUCGCAGAAAACAAGCUGCUCAGAAAAGACCUAAAAACCUUGUCGGUUACGUAA